ACAGCUUCCUGGAGUCUGACGUGGAUGUUGAUGAUGGCAGAAACUAAAGCAGCAGAGCUGUCAACAGACACACCAAACCUUCACAUCUCUAACAGCGGCGUCAAUGUGUCCUCACAGCCAAAUAACCCUCUGUCCCGAAAACUCAACAAAAUCCUGGAGACCAGGCUGGAUAACGACAAGGAGAUGCUGGAGGCGUUGAAAUCUCUCUCAGUUUUCUUCACCGAGAACAGUCUGAGAACCAGGAGGAACCUGCGAGGAGACAUCGAGAGACGCAGCCUGUCCAUUAAUGAAGAGUUUGUGCAGAUAUUUAAAGAAGUGACAGAGGAACUGGAAAGUGUGCAUGAAGAUGUUCAAGCCAUGAGCUCCUGCUGUGAAGAAAUGACCAACAGAUUAAAGGUGGCCAAAGAACAAACCCAGGACUUGAUUGUGAAAACCAACAAACUUCAAGGAGAGAAUCAUCGGCUGGAGGUUCGUGCUCAGGUGGCCCAGGCCUUUCUGUCAAAGUUCCAGCUGUCCGCCGCUGAGAUGGCCACGUUACGCUCUGCUCGAGAUGGUCCCGUGACUGAGGACUUCUUCAGAGCUCUGAGCCGAGUGAAGAACAUCCACGAAGAUGUGAAGAUCCUACUGAGAACCAACCAGCAAACAGCUGGACUGGAGAUCAUGGAGCAGAUGGCCGUGUUUCAGGAGACAGCAUAUGAGCAACUCUAUCGCUGGGCUCAGAAUGAGUGUAGAGGGUUGACUCAGGAAACAUGUGAUAUUCCUCCAGUGUUGAGUCAGGCUAUGGAAGCCCUCCAGGACCGGCCUGUUCUUUAUAAGUACACGCUUGAUGAAUUCGGGACAGCCAGACGAUCAGCAGUAGUUCGAGGGUUUAUCGACGCCCUGACCCGUGGUGGCCCAAGCGGCACCCCGAGACCCAUCGAGAUGCACUCUCACGAUCCAGUGAGGUAUGCUGGGGACAUGUUGGCCUGGCUCCAUCAAGCCACAGCCUCAGAGAAGGAACAUCUGGAAGCUUUGCUCAAACAGGUUACUGUGCAAGGGGUUGAAGAAAACAUGCAGGAAGUAGUUGGCCACAUCACUGAAGGAGUUUGCAGACCACUUAAGGUGCGAAUUGAGCAGGUGAUUGUUGCUGAGCCAGGUGCUGUUCUUCUGUAUAAACUCUCCAAUCUUCUCAAGUUCUACCAUCACACCAUCAGUGGCAUCAUGGGUACCAGUGUGUCCUCUCUGUUGAUGACCAUAGAUGAGAUGCACAUGCUUAGUAAGAAGAUGUUCUUCAACAGUCUCAGUCUCCACGCCAGUCGCCUCAUGGAUAAAGUUGAGCUUCCUCCUCCUGAUCUGGGUCCCACUGCCUCUCUCACUAAGACUCUGUCGCUCCUCAGAGAGGUUUUGGCCUCCCAUGAUUCUUCAGUUCUGCCUCUUGAUGCCCGUCAAGCUGACUUUGCCCAGGUGUUGUCCUGUAUCCUCGACCCAUUGUUGCAGCUGUGCACGGUAUCGGCCAGUAACCUGGGAACAGCAGACAUGGCCACGUACAUGGUGAACUCCCUCUACAUGAUGAAGACCACACUGGCUCUGUUUGAGUUCACCGACAAGCGCUUAGAAAUGCUGGAGUUUCAGAUUGAAGCUCACUUGGACACUCUUAUCAAUGAGCAGGCGUCAUACGUGUUGACCAGAGCUGGACUGAGUCAUAGCUAUAGCUGCGUCCAACAGCACACCGCAGAACAGGGGCCUCUGGCCAACCUCCCCGGCAUGGACAGCACAUCCUUAAAAACAGCCAUGGUCCAGUUUGACCGUUAUUUGGCCUCUCCUGAUACGCUUGUAAUGCCGCAGCUCAACUUCCUGCUCAGUGCUGCUAUCAAGGAGCAGAUCUUCAAACAAUCUACAGAGCUUAUGUGUCGUGCAUACGGAGAGGUGUAUAAAGCCAUCACCAACCCUGCAAACUCUUAUAAAGAGCCAGAAUCUGUCCUGCACAGAUCUCCACAGCAGGUACAAACACUGCUGUCCUGAAACGUGCUGCACCAACCACAGUUACUCAAUGUGCUGCAUCCAAUGGUGGAUUCUGGUCAUAAGAAUGCAUUUAAGAGAUUUCAUCUGGUGACGGGACUGAGUUUUUGACUUUUUAAUUGUAAAGAUGUGACAUAAAGACACUUAAACAACAGCAAGUGUACAGAAUUUGUGGAUUUCUCCCAGCAUUCUGAUUUCUGGCUUGCACGCUACCCUUUGGAUGGUGCUGUUUGCCAGAGGAGAAUCGCACUCUGAGAAAAAUAUUUAUUUUUCCUCCCCACAUGAAUGGAGAUCCCCAGUAGCAGGCCUGGGGAAGCAAACUACAGACCAUUUUAUUGCCACACAUAUUUGUGUUCACUCAAAUAUACGUACAGUCAUUACAUAUACAGGGGCUUUUUCGUGCAAACCCACACUUUCAUGGCCACAAAGAGCCCGAUGUGACUCAACUACAAUCUGUAAUCUGAAACAGUUCUCCAUUUUUUUCUCAUUAAAGCUUUUUUCUUUCUUAAGUGCAUUAAAAUACACCUAAAUGUU